AUGCAAAUACUCACGUAUUUUGAUCUUUGCAGACGUUUAAGGAAAUUUCGAAAACGUACUCGGCGUGCUGUGAUUGCAUUUAUCAACAGUCGUCAGUGCUUCGCCUUGAUCAUCAUUCUGGUGUUUUUGAACACAGUUGUACUGACCACAGAGCAUCACAAUCAACCCAAAUGGUUAGAUGAAUUCCAAGAUUUUGCCAAUGACGUCUUUGUCACCCUGUUCACCCUGGAAAUGCUGAUCAAAAUUGCCGCUGCCGGACUGGCGGACUACUUCUCCAAAUUGUUCAAUCGAUUUGAUUUUUUCAUUGUCAUUUUCUCCAUCCUCGAAUUGCUCCUGGUCAAAUUCGGUGUACUCAAUCCGAUGGGAGUUUCUGUGCUGCGCUGUGCGCGACUGUUACGAAUUUUCAAACUUACACAAUAUUGGGAAAGCUUACGAAAUCUGGUCGGGAAAUUGCUCAAAUCCGUGAGAUCCGUUGCCAGUCUGCUGUUGCUUUUGUCCAUUUUUAUUCUCAUCUGUUCGCUGCUGGGCAUGCAACUAUUCGGUGGUCGGUUCAACUUCAUCACUCAGGACAAACCGCGAGCUAACUUUGACGGUAUUUUACAGGCAAUGCUGACAGUGUUUCAGAUCCUCACCGGCGAAGACUGGAACGAGGUCAUGUACAACGGUAUGCGCGCCUACGAAAACAGUCACUGGUACGCAGUGGUCGUGGUCUACUUUAUAUUUUUGUUCAUUGUGGGCAACUAUAUUCUACUGAACGUCUUCUUGGCUAUCGCCGUGGAUAAUCUGAAUGAUGAGGAUGACGACGAAGAUGACGGUAAUGGUGGGGAAGAUGAAGAACAGAACGAACAGGGGGAUCAACCAGCCUUGGAAAAUGGAAAAGAAGCAGAAACCAAAGGGAAUGAGACCGAGGUCACGAAAGACGAGAAAGCGAAGUUCCGUAUCUUCUGCCACAAUGUGGUUUGUUUGUCACAUUUUGGAAAUAUUGUCUUGGUGUGCAUCCUGGUGAGCAGCAUUCUAUUGGCUGCAGAAGAUCCGCUCAAUGCAGGAUCACAAAGGAAUAAGAUUUUGAAUAUGUUCGAUUACUUCUUUACAAGUGUUUUCACGGUGGAAAUUACACUUAAGGUAAAUGAUUUCUUACGGAUUUNUCACGAAGGUUCAUUUUGUCGGAGUGCAUUCAAUUUACUGGAUCUGAUAGUCGUCUGCGUUGCCUUGAUCUCAUUCGUGAACCAGACCAUCUCAGCUGUGAAGAUUCUUCGUGUGCUAAGAGUGCUUCGACCGCUGCGUGCCAUCAACAGAGCUAAAGGCUUGAAGCACGUGGUUCAGUGCAUGGUGAUAGCCAUCAAAAGCAUCGGUAAUAUUGUCCUGGUGACCUUUCUCUUACAAUUCAUGUUCGGCGUCAUCGGUGUCCAACUGUUCAAGGGUAAAUUCUACAAGUGUACAGAUAUUUCCAAACACACGGAGUCCGAAUGCAAGGGUCAGUUCAUCGAGUACGAAGAUAUGAGUCUAGACAAACCAAUCCUGCGGGAACGUCAGUGGGUGAAUAACGACUUCAAUUUUGACGAUGUACCGCACGCCUUACUGACUCUGUUCACUGUGUCCACAUUUGAAGGAUGGCCCGCCCUUUUGUACAUCUCCAUCGAUUCGAACGCGGAGGAUCGUGGACCGAUCACAAACUAUCGACCAGUGGUUGCUUUAUUCUACAUCACCUUCAUCAUCGUUAUCCCGUUUUUCAUGAUCAACAUCUUCGUCGGGUUCGUCAUUGUCACAUUUCAACGCGAAGGUGAAUCGGAAUAUAAAAAUUGUGAACUGAAUAAAAAUCAGCGCAAAUGUAUCGAAUAUGCACUGAAAGCCAGACCACGGCGUCGUUACAUUCCAAAGGGACAUUUACAAUACAAGAUAUGGUCCGUUGUUGUGUCCAAGAAAUUUGAAAUUUUCAUUUUCAUCUGUAUUUUCAUCAACACUGUGGCUCUGAUCAGUUCUUCACGUGAUCUUUCAUCCAUCUUUCUGUCUGAUCUUUCCCUGUCUCUGUUACAGCAUUAUUUCAGUGAUAUUUGGAAUGUGAUCGACUUCGUCCUUGUUCUCGGAAGCUAUAUAGAUAUUAUCGUAACUCAGGUAAGCAAUAUCAAAUUCAGCGUCAACUUCUUCCGUCUCUUUCGUGUGAUGAGGUUGGUAAAGUUGUUGAGUAAAGAAGAAUCGAUACGACAGUUACUUUGGACUUUUAUCAAAUCCAUCCAGGCUUUACCUUAUGUUGCUCUGUUAAUUGCCAUGAUCUUCUUCAUCUACGCUGUCAUUGGUAUGCAGCUGUUCGUGCCGAUUAUAAACAGAAACAAUAACUUCCAGAAUUUCUUCUACGCGCUACUCGUUUUGUUCCGAUGCGCCACCGGGGAAUCGUGGCAAGAAAUUAUGCUCAAAUGUACAGCAGGUAUGUUCCUAGUUUGUUCAAAGGACUCAGACGAUCGUGAAACCAACGAAUGCGGUUCGAAGUUGGCUUAUCCGUACUUCAUCAGCUUCCAUGCAAUCAGUGCCUUCCUGGUGAUCAAUCUCUUUGUCGCUGUCAUCAUGGAUAAUUUUGAUUAUCUAACUCGUGAUUGGUCAAUUCUGGGCCCCCAUCAUUUGGAUGAGUUUGUCACCAAGUGGGCGGAUUAUGAUCCGGAAGCAAAAGGCCGUGUUCGACAUCUGGAUGUGGUUACCAUGCUGGGAAAAAUCAGUCCACCUUUGGGUUUUGGAAGCAUGUGUCCUCACACUCGUGCUUGUCACGUAAUUUCAAUGAUGAUAAUCAUAAACACAAUCAAAUUGGUGCGAAUGAACAUGCCGUUGAACAGCGACGGCACAGUAUUUUUCAACGCCACUCUGUUUGCCCUAGUCAGACGUAAUUUGAAAAUCAAAAUUCCUGGUGAUAAAUCACUGGAUCAACUGAACGAGGAACUCCGCGCGGUGAUCAAGCGUAUUUGGAAGCGGACUAGUCCACGACUAUUGGAUCAGAUCAUACCCCCGAAAGGUAGCGACGUUGUCACAGUGGGGAAAUUCUACGCCACAUUCCUCAUCCAAAACUGGUUCCGUGAAUGGCAGAAACGAAAAAUGAUUCAAAAAGACACGCGAUAUAUCCCGCAGAUUUUGGUAUGUAGUUCAGAACAUGUCCUAAUACUAUACAUAGGCUGUUUCAAAUGA